CCCCAGGCCCCGCCCGCCCCGUCCGCCAGGCCAUGGUGGCGCUGAAGGGUGUCCCCGCGCUGCUGUCCCCCGAGCUGCUCUACGCGCUGGCGCGCAUGGGGCACGGGGACGAGAUCGUUCUUGCGGACUUGAACUUCCCGGCCUCCUCCAUCUGCCAGUGUGGGCCCCUGGAGAUCCGUGCAGACGGCCUGGGCAUCCCGCCGCUCCUGGAGGCUCUGCUGAAGCUGCUCCCCCUGGACACCUAUGUGGAGAGUCCGGCUGCAGUCAUGGAGCUGGUGCCCAGCGACAAGGAGAGGGGCCUGCAGACCCCGGUGUGGACGGAGUACGAGUCCAUUCUACACAGGGCCGGCUGCACGAGAGCCCUGGCAAAGUUAGAGAGGUUCGAGUUUUAUGAGCGGGCUAAGAAGGCUUUUGCUGUUGUGGCAACAGGAGGCUGGAGAAAGGUCUCAGCACCCUGGCCCUGCCUCCCAGCUUAGUGCUGGGCUUGGCUCCUCUGCAGGGAGACGGCCCUCUACGGAAACCUCAUCCUCAAGAAGGGGGUGCUUGCCCUCAGCCCCCUGCUGUAGGCCUGGUGAAGACCACCUGGGCCGGAAGAGGAAUUGGGGGCACCCUGAGCUCCGGUACCACCACUCACAACAGGCCUCCCAGCAGCAGCCCCAGACCUGGGCCCUAGCCAGGGCUCUAGGGGGCCGGCAGUCAUGGGGUGGGCCCUGCCAAUUGGUACAAAUGUCCCUGAUUUGUGAAAAUGAUGGAAAAACGUAGUCGCCGAUAAACGUUCAGUCUAAAGGUUUUAA